UUACGCAAAUGAAUUACACAAAAUAAGUAUUCCUAAAUAUAAAAACAAUAAUAAUAGUGUAGUUAAUUAUUUAGCUAAAUAAUGUGAUAGUACAGUGCAAGAUUUACUUUAAAAAUAUUUAAAUAGUCAAAAUAAAUAAUUUUCAUAUUUAUAUUGUAUAAAUAUCUGCAAUAUAAAUAUUUACAUAUUUCUAACCUUUGAAAUUAACUAAGUUGUAAAAAUGACAGCCUCUGAUUUUUUUGGAUGCGCUCUACUGGCAUUUGGACCCCCGCUGGCAAUGUUCACAAUAACAGUAUCUUCAGAGCCAAUAAGAAUAAUAAUCCUGAUAGCUAGUGCAUUUUUCUGGCUGAUAUCACUGCUGUUUUCAUCAAUCCUCUGGUAUGCAGUAGUUCCACUCCAAAACAACCUGGCCUUCGGUCUAGUAUUUUCAGUUUUGUUUCAAGAAGCGUUCAGGUAUUUGUUGUACUGGGUGCUACGUAAAGCUGAAAAAGGAUUGGAGAAAGUGACAACAGCUCAUCUGGCAAACAGCAGGCAUAUCUUUGCAUACGUAUGUGGCCUAGGGUUUGGAUUCAUGAGCGGAGCAUUCGCGUUGGUGAAUGUUCUAGCAGACGCAGUGGGUCCCGGGACCAUGGGACUCAAGCAAGGAUCUGAAUAUUUUUUUAUCAUGUCCGCUGCCACGACUCUUUGCUUCAUUUUACUGCACACAUUCUGGGGUGUGAUAUUUUUCUCAGCUGCUGAUGACAAGAAGUGGGGACACAUUGCCUGGGUAGUCCUGUCUCACUUAUUUGCCUCCUGUAUGACACUGAUUAAUAGAUAUGAAGCUUAUACGUACAGUUUGCUGUCUGUGUAUACAGUACUUAUUAUUACUAUGGGAUUAGCAUUCAAAGUUGCUGGUGGUAAGAUACAAAAUAUACCCAAGUGUUUCACUCUUAUAAAAAGAGACUAAUUUAUUACGUGUGGUAUUUAUUAAAAACAAAAAAACAAACUGUAUUUUAAAAGCAGGAUUUAUAAAAUAAAUUUUAAAUAUUAUUUUUAAA